CCUCCCAUUUCUUGCAGCUCUCUGCUGCUACACUGAGAUGGGGACACACACAGCACCAUCACAGCCAAGGAAAUGUCUGUAAAACCACAUAUAUCAGGAUGGGCCACUGAAAUGGGAUAAGACGGCGGAAGAAAGACCAAUUCUUCCAGGAUAUUUGAACGCGAGGCAGGCUGGAUAAUCUUGAUUUUUCUGCGAAAAGUGAUUUUCUUGUCGCUUAUUGCCCCUUUCUCCAACAUUCGCCUUGGACGUUGCUGGACUGUAAGCGACCGACCGUGCAGCCUACCGCUGACAUCAUCCCCGUGUGGACAAUGGUGGAACCGGUGGGAUUCAUUGAAGCGUGGAAAGCUCAGUUCCCAGAGUCUGAGCCCCCUAAAAUGGAGUUGCGGUCUGUGGGGGGCAUCGAACAGGAGCUGGAGAAAUGCAAAGCCACUAUUAGACGGCUGGAACAAGAGGUGAACAAGGAGCGUUUUCGCAUGAUCUACCUGCAGACUCUCCUGGCCAAGGAGAGGAAGAGCUACGACCGUCAACGAUGGGGCUUCCGGAAGACUCCGAUCAACGAGGGGGGUGACCCCAAUGCCACACAGGGCGCCGACUGCCCGUCCCAGCAGCCACACAUGCAGGAAACCGGGGGAGUCGGCGUGGUCGGUGGCACCGGGGAAAGAAGCCGCUUCCAGCCUGUGGCAGAAUGCGGGAGGUCCAAGCCCAGACCCCCUCCGGCGAGGAAGUCGGCCUCCCACGGAGACGGCCUGGAGCUCCAGUCUGCGUUUGAGGUCCCCCAGCAGGCAGAGUCCUGCGACAGCCUGGACGGCCUCUCGCCCUCCAAGCAGCAGAGAGGGGGCGGAGCCUCGGUCUCCCCGCGGCGGCCCGGUCUGACUCCGGACAAGGACCUCCCCAUCGACCCCAAGGACAAGCUGGGCAUGGGCCUCGGCGUGGCCGCCCUGCGGUCCAACUUCGAGAGGAUCAAGCGGGCCAACUCCCACUCGGCCGGGGACGUUGCCAAGGCGACGGACAAACCGAUGCAGCUGCAGCAGCAGCAGCAGCAGCAGCAGCCGCCGCAGCCGCCGCCGCCAUUCUACACCAACAUGGAGUUCCACCACGACCGGGGCCUGGUGCGGGUCAACGACCGCGAGGUGUCGGACCAGAUCAGCACCCUGGGCACACAGGCCAUGCAGAUGGAGCGCAAGAGGUCCCUGCACUCGUUGCCCGGCAACCUGGCCACGGCGGCGGGGGAGCUCCGGACCCGGCCCGUGUACCGAGGGCGGUCCACGGAGAGCACCUGCGGCUACGACGCCGAGUACGAAGACGGGGAGCCCAACCCGCGGCACCCGGCCCGCGCCAACGGCGGGAAGCCGCCGCCGCCGCCGUGGCAACCGUCGGACUUCCAGGUGUACUCCAGCGUGUACGUGGGCGGGGUGAUGAUGGGCGAGGGCGGGGGCGGGGGAGGCGGGGCUGGGGGUGUAGCCGUAGGGGGAGGGGGGGUGAUGAUGAGGGAGCACGGAGGGGGAGGGGACGACCACCUCCUCACCUGGCCCCGCCGCUCCUACUCCCCGGGGAGCUUUGAGGACGCGGGCGGCGUCGGCGGGGGCGGCGGGGGUGGCGGCGGCGGCGGCGGCUACACGCCGGACUGCAGCUCCAACGAGAACCUGACGUCCAGCGAGGAGGACUUCUCCUCGGGCCAGUCCAGCCACGUCUCGCCCAGCCCCACCGCCACCUCCGCCAGCACGGCCGGCACCACCGCCUUCCGCCGGCCCUACCGGGAGAAGAGCCGCUCGCCGUCGCAGAACUCCCAGAACUCCCAGCACUCGUACGACAGCAGCAGCCCGCCCACGCCGCAGUCCCAGAAGCGGCAGCACCACCGGCCCCAGGGGGGCCACGUGGUGAUGUCGGAGGCCACCAUCGUCAGCGUGCGCAAGACGGGGCAGAUCUGGCCGCCCGCCUCCCACCAUGACGGCGCCCCCCACGACGGCCCUCCGAGCUACGGCUACGACGUGGAGCGCGCCGAGGAGCAGCGGCGAUACCACGACAUCCUGCCCUACAUCGACGACUCGCCCUCCUCCUCGCCGCACCUCAGCUCCAAGAGCCGCAGCAGCCGGGACACGCUCUCCUCCGGCUCCCUGGAGUCCUCCAAGUCGGCGGAAUGUGACCUUGAGAAGGGCCUGGAGAUGAGGAAAUGGGUCCUGUCUGGUAUCCUGGCCAGCGAGGAAACAUACCUCAGUCACCUGGAGGCCCUCCUUCUGCCCAUGAAGCCACUGAAGGCUGCGGCCACCACCUCCCAGCCAGUGCUGUCGGUGGCCCAGAUCGAGACCAUCUUCUUCAAAGUGCCUGAACUCUACGAAAUCCACAAGGAGUUCUACGACAGCCUACUGCCCCGGGUUCAGCAGUGGAGCCACCACCAGAGGGUUGGGGACCUCUUUCAGAAACAGGCCAGCCAGCUGGGGGUGUACCGCGCCUUCGUGGACAACUACGAGCUGGCCGUGGAGACCGCCGAGAAGUGCGGCCAGGCCAACACGCAGUUUGCUGAAAUCUCUGAGAACCUGAAGGUGAGGAGCAACAAAGAGUGCAAGGACCCGUCUGCCAAGAACUCCCUGGAGACGUUGCUGUAUAAGCCGGUGGAUCGAGUCACACGCAGCACACUCGUCCUCCAUGACCUGCUGAAACACACGCCAGCCAGCCACCCGGACCACCCCCUGCUGCAGGACGCGCUGCGCAUCUCCCAGAACUUCCUGUCCAGCAUCAACGAGGAGAGCACCCCUCGGCGACAGUCCAUGACCGUCAAGAAGGGAGAGAACCGGCAGCUGCUGAAGGACGGCUUCAUGGUGGAGCUGGUGGAGGGAGCCAGGAAGCUCCGGCACGUGUUCCUCUUCACAGACCUCCUGCUGUGCGCUAAGCUGAAGAAACAACUGGGAGGUAAGAGCCAGCAGUACGACAGUAAGUGGUACAUCCCUCUGUCGGAGCUGAGCUUCCAGGGUCCCGAGGAGUCGGAGCCCCUCACCAUCCCCCAGGUGCCCGACGAGGAGCUGGACGCCAUGAAGGUGAAGAUCUCCCACCUGCGCAGCGAGAUCCAGCGGGAGAAGAGAGCCAACAAGGGUUCCAAGGUGAUCGAGCGUCUGAGGAAGAAGCUGUCGGAGCAGGAGUCCAUGCUGCUGCUGACCUCCCCAAGCAUGGCUCUGAGGGCGCAUAACCGGAGCGGCAAGAGUUACAUAUUCCUGAUUUCGUCCGACUAUGAACGUGCGGAAUGGAAGGAGAUGAUCAAAGAACAACAGAAGAAAUGUUUGAAGAGCUUCUCUUUGACCUCCCUGGAGCUUCAGAUGCUGACCAACUCGUGUGUGAAGCUGCAGACUGUCCACAGCAUACCACUCACAAUCAACAAGGAAGAGGAUGAGAGUCCUGGACUCCACGGCUUCCUGAAUGUAAUCGUCCACUCGGCCUCCGGCCUCAAACAGAGCCAGAAUCUCUACUGCACCUUGGAGGUGGAUUCCUUUGGCUUCUUCCUCAACAAAGCAAAGACCAGAGUGUACCGCUACACCACCGAGCCCAAAUGGAACGAGGAGUUUGAGAUAGAUCUGGAGGGCUCGCAGACCCUGAGGUUGCUGUGCUACGAGAAGAGUUACAACAAGACGAGGCAGAACAAAGACGACUGGGACAGUGCCGACCACAUCAUCGGGAAAGGACAGAUCGCGCUUGACCCCCAGUCCCUGCAAGGCAAGGACUGGCAACGGACGGUCAUUCCCAUGAAUGGGAUCGAGGUCAAGCUAUCCAUGAAGUUCACCAGCCGGGAGUUCAGUCUGAAGCGCAUGCCUUCACGGAGACCCAUGGGCGUGUUUGGAGUCAAGAUCUCCACGGUGACCAAACGGGAGCGCUCCAAGGUGCCCUACAUAGUCCGUCAGUGCCUGGAGGAGAUCGAGAGGAGGGGCAUGGAGGAGGUGGGCAUCUACAGGGUGUCCGGCGUGGCCACUGACAUCCAGAAUCUGAAGGCCGCCUUCGACACUAACCACAAAGACGUGUCGGUGAUGAUGAGUGAGAUGGACGUCAACGCCAUCGCCGGGACGCUGAAGCUCUACUUCAGGGAGCUGCCCGAGCCCCUCUUCACUGACGACCUCUAUCCAAACUUUGCGGGAGGCAUCACCCUGUCUGAUAGUGUUGCCAAAGAGAGCUGCAUGCUCAACCUUCUGCUAUCGCUACCUGAGCCCAACCUGGUAACCUUCCUCUUCCUGCUGGACCACCUCAAGAGGGUGGCAGAGAAGGAGUGCGUGAACAAGAUGUCCCUCCACAACCUGGCCACAGUGUUCGGGCCCACCCUGUUGAGGCCGUCUGAGAAGGACAGCAAGAUCCCCACCAACCCCACUCAGCCAAUCAGCAUGGGGGACAGCUGGUCCCUGGAAGUGAUGUCACAGGUCCAAGUGCUGCUCUACUUUCUCCAACUAGAAACCAUCCCCACACCGGACAGUAAACGGCAGAGCAUCUUAUUCUCCACCGAAGUGUAGGGCCAAACUGUCUCCUGUCUCCGAUAUUUCCGAGUAUGAAGGAGUGAAAAACGGACAGACGUUUGGCUCAAACUGAGCCUCUUAUAGUAUAUAUAUAUAUAUAUAUAUAUAUGCAUAUAUAUAUAUAUGUGGGUGUGUGUUGUUUUAGUAAAGUAUGUUUUUUAAAUUGCAAGACUAGAUUAUGCGAUCAGAUCUUGUUGCUCCACAAGCAAUGGGGGUGGGGGUUGGGGGGUGUGUGUGGGGAGGGGUCGCAACCACAAGAGGGCACCAUUGGGCCAGGAGAGUCUCCCUUUCUGUCCCCCUCUCCCCCCCCACCAACCCAUACCCUCAGCUUAGGUCCUCCUCCUGAGAAACUCUCAGUACUGUACAUCACAGCCAAUACUUAGUUUGACACUCUGUACCUCCAGUGAAGACGUUUGGAUCUGCCUUUUCCCCCACCUCGCUAGCGUACGUCUCUCUUCGUCGCCUCCGCUAUUGACCUUUACUGCAUGUACACUGGUGUGCCCGAUGCAUUCACAAUUUGCUCAUUCCAAACAAAACAUCGUUCCUGAGUAGGUUAUGCCUCUCUAUCCAUUUUUUGUUGGAGACCUUAUGGUCCCUACCGCAAAAGCUUUAAUGCAAUGUACACAAGUGCAUCUGCAUUCCUAAUUUGACACGUGAGUAAGUUUAUUUAUGGGAACCAACCACAGAGUUAUACCAAGGAGUCUGAUCUUCGUCUUCAUCGCAAAGAGCCUUGAUUCUGUAUUGACAAGUCGCUGGUUCAGGCUUUUUGCAGGUGCUCGCACUGUUCUCUCAUUGUUGUCAAUGAGAAAGCGGCGAUGAGAUGGACCUGUGCUACCUGUGGAAGUCCUUAUCUGUCCAUUACAGGGGUAGGGGAAUGAGUCGGAACAUAAUGAUUUUUUAAUACAGUAGAAUCAGACAGCCUUUUCCUUGUAUAUUUGGAUACUGUAGAAUCUGCCUUUUCAAUGUAUAUUUUAGUUAGAUGAUCAUCAAAUUGAGUGUUCAAAUUUGUAUUAAUGUCUAAAAGUUAUGUAUGAUUGAGAAGUUCCUGAUGAGCUCAUAUUUUGUAUAAUUUUUUUUAUAUUUUGGACAAUAUUCUAUGUUUUAAUAAUACAUUAUUUAAAAGCACCACUGGAAUCCAAACUUUUGAAAUAUAAAAAUGUUUACAGUGUAAGCAAACAAAGAACAGAGGAUUUAGGACUUGAAUAACAAAUUGAUGAAGCAAUACAACAAAACAAUAUAAACACAUGACGAACAAAAUGCAUUAGACCACCUGCAAUAACUCCAAACAGAAAUGGCAACUCUAUCCUCUCCUUUGUUUUGAUUUUUUAUCGAGUACGACUUGUCCGAGUAUUCCCAUCACCAUGCAGGAUUAAGCCUUGUUCUUAUAGAAACAAAUUUAGCUGUUCAUCCUAGAAAUAAAGUUUAAUUAACAUAACAUGACAACCCCCCCCUACACACACACACGCUUUGUUUUAUAUCGUUCUGCUGUUGUGAUGAUGAUAAAAUCUCUUUAGCUGCUGGGUCAGAAGUAAGCAAGCAGCGCGUUUUCUUUCCAGAGAGUAUCAUCCAUGCAAGCAUGACAUCAUAUCUUGACAUCAUAAUGCAGACACUCACACACACAAACGAACACAACCUUAGAUCAUUGUUUUGUUAUUAUAUACGUGUCCACACAAGUGCACUCCUGCAAUUAUGGAACUACUGUUUUUUACUUGUGGCCUGAACGCUUAGCAGUUAUGUUCAUGAAAAGACCAUAUCUAUCUAUUCUUGAAGUGAUGUAUUUUUUUGGUUUAUGGUUGCAUGUGCCCUUUAAUUGGUUUCUCACUCUGCCUAAAGUUCACUAACUCAUGGUCCAAGGUGAGCUCUUUAAACAUUGUGCUCACCAGAUAUUACUGUACCUUGAAAUUAACAUGCAGGCAUGUUUCGUUUGUGAAGAUUUUGAUUAAUCUUUUUUUCUUUUUUUUCUGAAGAGGACUUGACAACAUAGACCUAUGUUCUACUAAUAGCUUUAGAUGAUCUAGUGACUUAAUGAGGAACUGGUUUACACUCUGCAGUAUGCCCUGCAAUGGCCCAUUUGACGUGAUCAAUAUUAUGUUCAGCUGAUUAUUAUAACUUGUUUUCGUCGUGCAAAAUUCCACUCUGCAAGGGAAUGAUUGAUAGUGACCAAGCAUAGGCUAUUAUAUAUAGCUGUGUGUGUGUGUGUGUGUGUGUGUGUGUGUGUGUGUGUGUGUGUGUGUGUGUGUGUGUGUGUGUGUGUGUGUGUGUGUGUGUGUGUGUGUGUGUGUGUGUGUGUGUGUGUGUGUGUGUACAUGGCGUAUGUGUCUGUGCGUUGCCGAUAGGUGUGUCCACAGGAAGGAGGAAUUAAUGCUAUACAUGAGUAAUAAAUAAAUGCUGUAUCAUUUGGUGGAGGUCGAGAAAUCGUUACUUUGAUAAACGUAUCAACCAAUAUAAGUCUUAACACUUUCACAAAUUGUCAGUUGCUUAAACCCUUUUUUUUGUGGAUGAAACUAUAACAAAGGAGCUUAUCAGCCCAAAGGGAUUGAAAGUUGUAUCAUAUUAUUACUGACUCUUUAUUACUUAUCUUAGGUUAGCCAUAACCUGGUCAAAUCCAAUAUUUUCAAUGUUACAAUAAUUUCUGAACUUUUCUUAUUUAUUGCCUCGUAUGGCCGCGGCCUUACGUAAACUUCAUCCACUCGAAUUAAAUAACCUGGUCAAGGUUGCUCUCAUAGCGCCUCCCGAAUCAUAUGGCAACAACACACGCUCUGAUGAAGCCUCCGAGCCUUAUUCUUUAAACGUCGUUAUUCUGUUUUAUUUGGGAUGAAACUGUUAAUUAAUUUCGCAUUUUCGAAAAACGUAGCUACUCUCUCCACACAGAAACAUUGACUGUCAUAAAGGCUCCCGCUAGCGUUCACUGUCUGCUGUGGCUCAGAGCUGCCCCGCUGUGUACCGGUGAUGGGGGGGGGGAAUGGUAUUCCGUCUGUCAUAUUUCUGGCAGCAAAGAGCGGUAGUCGUUUGUUGACUAGAUACCAAGCGACAGUAUAGCGAAGAGAAGUGAUGCUUUGAAAGAGUGGCACCGCACCAGCGCCCUGAGUGGGCGGGGAUACCAUGCCUUUGUGGUGGACACCCGUAUUUCCGUUUUUUUGUUGCGUAUGAGUGACUUGUAUAGGAAUUUAUAUUCUGGUAUGGUCUGAACUCGUAAACUGUGUUUGUGCUGCUUAUCUUCCUAAUGGGACUAUAAUGCUGUAGAUUAGGACCUAAGCAUUGCAUUUUUUUUCUACACUAAUUCAACAGGAUAUCUUGCCCAAGGCCUUGUCUCAUCACCUUAUAUAAACAUGAUCUGUGUCUUUAUUUUUGUCCAAAUUAUGUAUCAAGGGGGAUUUAUAUUUGAUUGUUUAUAUAUAAAAUAACUCAUAGUACGCAUUUAAAUUAAAACUAGAACUUCAGUCUUGUACGGUACAACUUUGAGACAACAGAUUCCUCUGCCACUGUAUGUGAAGGAGACAUAUUGUCUCACUUCUGCUUAUAAUUUUUUAUUUGUAAACAGUUCUAUCGUAUUUAUUGUAUUUAGAUGGCAGAAACGUGUACAUGCUUUAACCACUUGUAUUCAGCCAUGACUGAGCUUGCGCCUUCAGUCUAUUAAUUUAUUGUGUUCAACUGACUAGCCACUGUGACUUCUGGGCUCACUGGUUUAGAUAACCGGCUAACAUGGAGGAGGUUGUCGAGUCAAUUAAAUCACAUUUCCUUGAGCUUUUCACUCCUCAAAACUCUUAACUUAUCCUGGGAAGUUUUCUUGUAGAAUAUGUAUGAUACAAAAAAAAUGUAAUUUGGAUGGGACAUUUUUUAUUUAUUGUGGCUCCUGAUUAAGUUUUAAUCAAUUGAUGGAAGGUUGAUCCUUGCUUGUAUAGUUGUAGUUUCUUUUAAGUAGCCAUCUGUCAUUAUCUGCUAAGGGAGGGGCAACUUUUACGUACUCUCAAAUAAAAUAGGGUUACUCUCAAAUCAACCCAUAUUUUUGUCUGUUGAAGUGUAAUUGCAUGUGUCCUCCAUACAUCACCCCUGUACAUGAAAAGUCAAUAUGCCGACAUAAUUUGAAAAUAAGCAAACAUAUGGAAUAUAGCCCUCUAUAUAAAGCUACCAUUUGAGUGUGGAACUGUGUAUGGAACAAAUUAAUUUAAUGUAAAAAUAAAAAUAUCAUCACAUCAAUUCAUACCCAUAUCACGCGUCUCUUGAACAUCUUGCAUACGCUACAUGACGCCAAUCUCCCUUUGUCUGCCAUGUAAACGUGGGUUCACUCCCGCUAAUGAAUAAAAGGCCUGUCCUUCUUUUGUUCAUGAUACAAUUUGAGAUAUAAAUGAUGAUGGGAUUUGUUUACUAGAACAGAGUCUUUUUUAUUUUUUAAAAAUGUCCUGUUACUGUUCCAGCAUCAGUGCUCCUGUUGUAGAACUGUAAACAAAUUAUGUAUUCUGAGAGCAUCCAUGUUUGGUAGGCAUUUGAAGUCUACGUUUGUACACGAAAAUGUUAAAUAAAGAUUUCCUGUAUUUAUGAAAAA